AUGUCUAUCGAUGAAUUGAAAUUAAGGGAGAUACGAGAAUUGGAAAGAAAACACGUCGAAGUGUACUAUCAAUUGCUCCAGACGUUAGACGAAUUAUAUCUAUUAAAACAAAAGGAACAUGAUAUAAAACUGACCGAUAAGGAAGUGACUCUAUUGGAACUUCGAAAUCAAGCUCGUUUUUCAAUGGAUAAAUCUGUUGCCUUGUUCAAGACUAAUGAACGAUUAAAUAAACUGAUAGCAAACAAACAAGAUUUGAAUACUGUGCAGAGUGGUGAAGAUAGACUUGCAAUAAAUCUGAAGAAAGAGUUAGAUAGGAGUAUAGAGAUUGAUUCUAAAGUAGAGAAUAUCCUGGAAGAAAAUAGAAAACUUGUGUCUACUUUACAAGAUGAGACUGCUAUUUACAACGACCUAACAAGAAAAUUACAACAAUAUCGUCCUGGAAAUACUGAUCUAUCAGAUAAGACGACAAAACAUGGUCCUACAAAGAGAAACACGUCACCGUCUCGAAAUAUUGCAGUCGAUAGUGAUACAAGGGUGAGUAAUGAAAAUGAGGUCUUGAAGCAAUUACUAAUAGCAUUAAAAGUACACACGAAAAGUGGCAUUACUAAAUGA